UAGUUAAAGAUAUUUGCGCGUUUGUUUGAAAGAAAAUGAAAGGAGUGGGAUGCAUUUAGCUUCCUACCUCAAUCUUUCUUUCAAACUACAGCUAAAUAUAACAAAGAAAGCUCUCUCUUUUCUAUUUUUCUCAAUUUCACCUAUAUUUUUCUCUCCAUUUUUGGAGCCGGCCUCUUAGGCCCUCUGAUUUUGCAAUGAAUUAAAUAUCUUUACAUAUCUCCUUGUGCUUCUCACCUCUCCUACAUUCUUGCCAAAGGGGUUUACUCAUGGCAAUGGCGGAUGCCGUGUCUGCGCAGCAUGAUGGACAUAUAAAAGCAGGAUUGGAAAAAUAUGACAUCGAGAACUCUGAGGAGGAGAGGAAGACUGGGCUUAAAUCUCUAAAGAAGAAGGCCAUCCUGGCCUCCAACAAGUUCAAGCAUUCUUUUACAAAGAAGGGCCGCAGACACAGCAGAGUGAUGUCCGUUGCGAUUGAGGAUAACCUUGAUGAUGAGGAAUUACAGGCAGUGGAUGCAUUUCGUCAAGUACUUAUCCUUGACGAGCUUUUGCCCUCUAAGCAUGAUGAUCACCAUAUGAUGCUCAGAUUUUUGAGGGCCAGGAAAUUUGAUCUGGAAAAAGCAAAGCAAAUGUGGUCUGAUAUGCUCCAGUGGAGGAAAGAAUUUGGCACCGACACAUUAAUGGAGGACUUUGAGUUCCAGGAAUUAGAUGAAGUUGUGAAAUACUAUCCACAAGGAUACCAUGGAAUUGAUAAGGAAGGAAGACCUGUUUACAUUGAGAAAUUGGGUGAAGUUGAUGCUAAUAAGCUGCUGCAAGUCACGACAUUGGAUCGAUAUGUGAAGUACCACGUACGAGAAUUUGAGAAAACAUUUGCUUAUAAGCUCCCAGCAUGUUCAGUUGCAGCAAAAAAGCACAUUGACCAGAGCACCACUAUUUUGGAUGUGCAGGGAGUGGGUCUCAAACACUUCAACAAAACUGCAAGGGACCUUAUUACCCGUAUUCAAAAGAUUGACGGUGACAAUUAUCCUGAGACCCUGAACCGCAUGUUCAUCAUCAAUGGGGGUUCUGGAUUCAGGCUUUUAUGGAGCACUGUUAAGUCUUUCCUUGACCCUAAGACUGCUGCCAAGAUCCAUGUCCUGGGUAACAAAUAUCAGAGCAAGUUGCUUGAAAUAAUUGAUGCAAGUGAGCUGCCUGAGUUUCUGGGUGGCACUUGUACUUGUGCUGAUAAGGGAGGUUGUAUGCGCUCUGACAAGGGUCCAUGGAAUGAUCCAGAAAUAAUGAAGAUGGUUCAAAAUGGUGUAGCCAAAUGCCGUAGGAGAACAUUAUCUGGAGUUGAGGAGAAGGCAAUCUCUGAAGAUGAGAAGCCAUGCACAGAGAUGAACAAAGGCGAGUUCUUCAGUGUGGAAACAAAUAUGGAUCUUGUGCGUCCAAAAUAUCCUGUUGCUGAAGAAUUUCCCAUGUUCAAAAAGAGAGAAAUUACCAAAAACUUUGGCAUCAUUCCAAUGGUUGACAAGCCUGUAGAUCCUGCUUGGCCUGCUCUGAUGCAGAAGCAUGGAUAUAAAAUCUCUAAACAUCAUUUUCCUGUGGGGGAUGCUGGUAAGGCUGAUGGUGUUAACAAUCCAAUUAUUAGUGGGGUUCUGGCCCUUGUGAUGGGAAUUGUCACCAUGGUUCGCAUGACACGCGGCAUGCCACGAAAACUUACUGAAGCUGCUUUAUAUGGCAGUCAGAUUUACUGUGAUGAUGCUGUGAUGAAAAGCGAGGCAUUGCCAGAGCCAUCCAUCUCUACUGCAGAAUACAAGAACAUGAUGAUGCGCAUGACUGAAGUGGAAAAGAAUUUGAAUGUUCUUGCAUCAAGAUCAGAUAAAAUGCCACCUGAGAAAGAGAAAAUACUGAAUACUGCAUUAAGUCGCGUUGAUUUCCUGGAGCAAGAGCUGUUAGCAACCAAGAAGACACUUCUGGCUGCAGUUUCUAAACAGCAGGAACUCCUGGAGUACAUUGAAAAGAAGAAGAAGAAGCAGAAGAAGAAGAGGAAGUUUUUUGGAUUUUACUAAAGAAUCCACAACGCUGAGUGAGGUGAAAGUUUCUGAUUUUUCUGCAGUGCUCCAAACAAUAACUUGAGAACUUGCAGAUUCUUGUGGCAAUUAAAUACAAUAUUCAUUUGCCUUAUGUCUGUUAAUAUGUAAAAUCAUCGUUGCUUUUGUAUAAACUCAACUCAAUGUAUAAUAUAAACUUUGUUGUUUUGCAA